GCAACGAUUCCAGGUUCGUGCAGGCUACGGCCGGGUGCAAACAUUUUGAUGUCCACGGAGGGCCUGAGAACAUCCCUGUCUCCAGAUUCUCCUUUGACGCACAGGUUUCAGAUGUUGACUGGAGAACCACAUUCCUGCCAGCUUUCAAGAAAUGUGUGGAAGCGGGAACUUUUAGUCUCAUGUGCAGCUAUAACAGAAUAAACGGGGUGCCCGCCUGCGCCAACCAGAAAUUGCUGUGGGACAUUCUGCGAGGGGAGUGGAACUUCACCGGCUAUGUGGUCAGUGACGAGGGAGCCAUAGAGAACAUCAUCUCGCAACAUCACUACCUCAACAACAGCGUGGACACGGUCGCCGCAUGUGUCAACGCUGGCACCAACUUGGAGCUGUCCGGGAAUCUCCAAAACCCGGUCUAUGUUUCCCUUGUGGAUGCCGUCAGUCAAGGGAAGCUAACCGAAGAUGUGGUCAGAGAAAGAGUUAAGCCCUUGUUCUACACCAGGAUGAGGCUGGGAGAGUUUGACCCUCCAGAAAACAACCCGUAUGCAAGUCUGGACGGCAGUGUGGCCGAGUCACUAGAGCACCAGGCCUUGGCUGUGGAAGCCGCCAUCAAAUCUUUUGUCCUCUUAAAGAACACAAACAACUUUUUGCCCGUAAACCCUGCGGCGUACUCAAAUGUAGCGAUCGUUGGGCCAAUGGCAGACAAUGUGGGUCAACUGUUUGGAGACUACAGUCCGCAACAGGACAGAAGCUUCACUAAGACGCCUCUACAAGGUCUUCAGGAGAUUUUCCCCAACAUCAGAACAGGAAAAGCUUGCUUGGACAAAACACCGUGUACCUCGUACAACCCGGAGAUUAUCAUGGAUGCUGUGGCGGCUGCAAAUCUGGUCUUUGUGGCUUUAGGAACAGGGCAAGCCGUGGAAGCUGAAGGUCGUGACAGAGCUAAUCUCAACCUGCCCGGCAAUCAGUCGGCGCUGCUGACAGAUGCCUUGUUGUACAGUAACAACAGUCCUGUGGUCCUACUCUUGUUUAACGCUGGACCUCUCAACUUGACACUGUUUGACCCGGUAGAUCGAAUUGUCGCCAUUUUGGAGUGUUUUCUGCCGGCCCAGGCUACAGGCGAUGCUCUAGCGGCAGUGCUCGUCAACAAGGGAGGCAACAGUAGUCCUGGAGGCAGGCUUCCUAUUACAUGGCCCAAGUAUGAGUCUCAUAUUCCACCUAUAGUGAACUACGCAAUGGCUGGAAGAACUUACCGCUACUCGGAACAAGAAGCCUUGUACCCAUUCGGCUACGGCCUUUCCUACACCACCUUUGAAUAUCCAGUAUUAGCUGUAUCUUACUUUGACCAGCCUAAACAGAACAUCUCCGUAGGAAUCGACGUUUCCAACACUGGAAAUGUGCAAGCAGACGAGGUGGUACAGUGCUACUUUGUCUGGGAGAACAAGACCCUACCUGUUCCACUCAUUCAACUGAUCUACUUCAACAGAAUAAACCUGCCACCUGGUGGGCAACAGAGUCUCAGGUUUAAUGUCACCUGGGACAAGUGGGCUUUCUGGGACGGUCAGCAGUGGUCAGUUGAUACAGGUCUCAUAGAUCUUUACUGUGGGGGUCAGCAGCCCAACCAGAACAAAGCCGCCCCGUCCAAUGUUCUAGAAGUCCAGUUUCAAGUCUACGGUGACCAGGCAAUCAGUAAACAGCAUAAACAUCAUCAUGAGCCAUUACAUGUCGACAGACCGGUGGCAAAAGAACAUGUUGUGAAAGCUUUUCAUCAUCCAAAAUAG